CCAACACUUGAUAUCGCGGCUCGAUAUUUAGCUAGCUGAGUAGGCACCAGCGAAAUUCCCACUAUCAUAUAUCCCCGCCGACAUUUAUAGCCCCUCAGCAUGUCCAUAAAUCCCCAAACCCAAUCCCCCUUCCUCACCCGUCUCCUCACCCUCCCCCCCGAACUCCGCGACGCCAUCUACCUCUCCCUCUGGCGCUCCCACGGCCUCCGCCAACACAUCAUAUGGCACGGGAACGACUCCUCCGGCCGACAUUUCUGCAGCUGGCCAUGCACGACCGACUUCUCCGCCGCCGACAAUCUCCAGCGCGACGUCGACGAGCUGAGAAUCCGUCUCGGCGUCCGUCUCGGCGAUAAUAUGGGGGGUUUUGGGCCGGGAAAGGAUCCAGAGGUGUCGGUGCUAACUCGCCAUCUACAAUCGCCGUGGAUGAACCACUGGGCUUGUGGGGAGCGGGCGGCGGAGGUGCAUGGGAUUGAUGCGAAUUGGGGCUUUCAAACCGCGGGGGUGAAGUGCUGGAAGACGCACUCUACGGGCGGGAGGAAGGAACUUGUGCCCUCUUGGAGUCCUUACCUCCCCAUGUUGUUGUCGUGCAAGCUCCUAUCAGAAGAAUGCCUAAAAUCCAUCUACGAAUCCACAACCUUCAUCCUCACCGACCUCACAACCAUCCAAACCUUCCUAGGCUACUGCGCCCUCCACCCCGCCAUCAAGAAGCGGUCCAAGCAAGGCAUAACCCCUCCCGCCUUCUUCAAGCACGCCCGCUCCCUCGAGCUAGCCCUCAUGCCCGACUUCCCCUCCGCCCUCCUCUGCGCCGCCUACGACCUCCCUGACCUCCCCCAUCGGCACUCCGUCUACGAUUUCCACUGGCUCCAUCUUCCCAGGUUCCAGAACCUGCAGAAUCUCAAUAUCUGGGUAUCUGCAAGGUCGUUGACUAUGGCCGACCCUAAGUCAGAUCAAUCCUACGGCUUCACCGGCAUCACCGAGCACGACGCCGCUGCGCUGGAGGGGAUCCUAACCCAUCUCAGCCCAGUAGCGAAAGUCACACUCAGCACGCCUCUAGCUCCUAGCGUGGGACCGCCAGAGGAGGAGGAGGGCUAUCUAGAUGGCGUCAAGGCGCGCGUCUAUAAGCGCGGCUCAGGCGAUCGUUUCCACCCGCCGCUGUAUCCGAUCGAACCCGGCGGCAGGUUUGACGGCGUCAUCUAUACGAGUCCCACGAGGGAGGUACGAUUAUCGAUCAAUGGCGGGAUGCCUCUUCUCAUGAAAAAGGCGUGAGGAUGGGGACUGGACUCUAGCUUAAUGGCGGGAGCUAUCUUCUCAUGAAGAAAGCGUGGGGAAGGAUUAAUGUUGUUGCACGGAGGUAACGUGUAUGUUAUUGCUUCGAAGUAUAACCUGUGAUAAGUCUGCCUGUUGCUGCCGUGGAAGAAACGAGAAAUACCCAGGAAGAAUCGAAGUCCCCUCCCCCCCCUUCAACUCAACAAAAUGUUGGAUAAUCCGGUCUCUACAUGC